UGUCACCCGCGAAGCGCAAGAAUACAUAAACAAACCCCAAAGCUCUGAACACGCUGGGUUUGAAAAUUUUACCCUGUCUGUACGAUUUGACAAGAGGGUAGCGUCGGAAUCGCAGCAAGGAUACUAGUAUUGGCAAAAUCUUACCGGUGAAAGAGACGGGGAUUCAGGGCUAAUGUUCAAGUUUUUCAAGAAGCAUCCUCCUAAGGAGGGCGAAGGGAGAGAAAGAUUAAAGAAAGAACUAUUUGAUUAUAGGAAGUGUGUGGACCAUGGAUUUCCAAGCAAACCCAGUGCCCUGGCAUAUGACCCAAAGCUAAAUUUAUUGGCAAUUGGAACCAAGUCCGGGGCUGUGAAAAUAUAUGGAGCUCCAGGUGUGGAAUUUGGUGGACUGCAUGAAAAUGAUGUUUCAGUUGUCCAGAUGUUUUUUCUACAGGAGCAGGGUCGUGUGGUGAGUGUCUGCAGUGACAAUUCACUACAUUUGUGGGAAGUCAACCUACGCAGUGGAAAGUCUGUGCUGGAUGAGGUCAAUGAAAUCUUUCUGGCAGAUUACAAACAGAUGAAGGCUGUGUCUACAAGCUGUCUGUCUUUGAAUGGUGACCAACUUCUAUUGGGAACAGAAGGUGGCAGUAUACAUAUGCUAGACAUGGCUUCCUUCUCCCUUGUUGACCAGUUCAUACAUCAGGAUGUAGUCAUGCAAAAUGUUCCUGAUGACUUCAAAGUAAAUCCAGGAGCAGUAGAGGCUAUUGCAGUACACCCAACAAAUCCAAAUAAGUUUCUUAUUGGCUACAAUCGUGGACUAAUUGUGUUAUGGGACAACAAGGAGAGCAAUGCUGACAAGACCUACAAUGCCACACAGCAACUUGAAUGUCUUGCCUGGAACAGAAAUGGUGAAGAAUUCAUGAGUGCUCAUCAAGAUGGUAGUUUCAUUAUCUGGAGCACAUCAGACUCGGAGAAGCCCAAAGAACCAGCUACUACACCUUAUGGACCAUUUCCAUGCAAAGCCAUCAACAGACUUCAAUGGAAAACUGCUAAGUCAGACCCUUUCAUCAUCUUUGCUGGUGGCAUGCCCCGUGCCAGUUAUGGAGACCGCCACACACUCAGUGUAAUGCAAGGAGAGAACCAUGUGGUGUUUGAUUUCACCUCUAGAGUGGUGGAUUUUAUUGUGAUGUCUCGUGCUGACCAGUGUGAUGCUACAGAUGAUCGAACAGGAUAUGAUGAGCCACAUGCUCUUGUUGCUUUGGUAGAAGAGGAGCUUGUAGUGAUUGACCUUGAUACCUGUGAUUGGCCCACUAUCCAGCUUCCAUAUCUGGGAAGCAUCCACUCAUCAGCUAUCACUUGCUCGCACCAUGUCAGCAAUGUUUCUGACCAACUGUGGCAGAAGAUAAUUGAUGCAGGGCAUGCACAGAACAAACAAUACUCCCAGAGAGAAUGGCCUAUCAAAGGUGGUAAAAGUCUCUCUAAAGACCCAGCCACAAAGGACAUGCUUCUUACAGGACACGAAGAUGGAACAGUGAGAUUUUGGGAUGCAUCAUCUGUCACACUCAGAUUGCUGUACAGACUUGGCACAGUCAGUCUUUUUGCUGAAUCACAUAUGCCAGAAAAUAACUCAAAUGGUGCUGAUGAAGAGGAAUGGCCUCCUUUCAGGAAGGUUGGUACUUUUGAUCCAUACAGUGAUGAUCCAAGACUUGGAAUCCAAAAGCUGUCCAUGUGCCCACUUAGUGAGACAUUAGUCAUUGCGGGCACUGCAGGCCAGGUAAUCAUUCUCCAAAUGGAACGAGAGGAUCGUGAGCAGGAAGUGAAAACAACUAAAGUGAACAUAGUUAGUGACAGAGACAGUUUUGUCUGGAAAGGCCAUGAAGCUCUGACUUUAAGAGAAGGUGAUAUCAAGUUUGCCGCAGGUUUCCAGCCCACCUGUGUUAUGCAGUUAUACCCACCAGCUGCCUGUACUGCCCUUGCUGUCCACUCAGAAUGGCAAAUAGUGGCUGCUGGCACUGCCCAUGGCUUUGGUUUGUUUGACUAUGUACAGAAAAAAGAAGUGUCCACGAGAUGUACACUAAAUGCAACAGAUCUAAUGGGAACAUCAGAAACCCCCAUGUCCAGAAGAAAAUCUUUGAAGAAAUCUUUGAGAGAAUCCUUUCGAAGACUUAGGCGUAGGAGAUCAGAGCGGAGGAAUAGAGAUGACAAAUCCAAGGAACAGAAAGUCACUGAGACCCAACACAUUGAGCAGCAUGCAACAGAGGCCACUUCAGCAACAGCAGGAGCAGCCAUUGACUCCAAACCAGUAGAGAGAGUUGUAGAGGCCAGGACAGCUGAUGAUUCCAUGUCUUCAAUGGUAAGGUGUCUGUAUUUUGCAGAUACCUUUGUUGUUACAGGUGGAACACAUAACCCUUCUCUUUGGGCUGGUACAAAUGGUGGUCAAGUGUUCAUCUAUAAUCUAAGUGUUCCAACAGACAAACGCUCUGCUGAUACAGUCAUGUGUACAUUGGCAAAAGAAAUCAAGUUAAAACACCAUGCACCAGUAAUUAGCCUAGCAGUGAUUGAUGGUAAAGCCAGGGUCCUCCCAGAAGCUUUAGAGGUCCAACAUGAACGUGCCAAAGCACCAGACAUGGAAAGUGCUCAUUCUGUUGUCAUUAUAUCAGAAGAACAACUCAAGUCCUUUGCAUUGCCUUCACUGAAGCCCAAGUGGAAGUUCAAGCUAACAGCCUUAGAUGGCUCUAGAAUACGAAAAGUGGCUUUUGUCAACUUCAGAAGUAAAAGUGCUGAUAAUUACAGCGAGUUUGACAUUGCCUGUCUUAGCAACCUAGGAGAAGUGAGUGUUUAUGGUAUCACAACUCUGAGGCAACAGAUGGUUGCUCCUGCCAUCAGGAAAGAAGACAUCAAUGGCAUUUCUUCAUUUGUAUUCACCAAAGAAGGCCAGGGAUUGUACCUGCACUCUCCAUCGGAGUUCACUAGAGUAACAUUGUGUCCUCGCUUUGUGAUUGAGCCAAUAUGUAUGCUAGAACUGAAAGAAGGCAUGAGACCUGAGCCUCAGGCUGAAGCUCUCGACACAGGAGUACAAGACCAGGAAGAUGGAACAGAAGAGAGCCCGGAGUAUGAAACAAAUGACAUCACACAAGCUCUCACUGACAGUGGUAGGCCAGACUCCCCUGGGGAUAUCACUGUUGAUAGUGUUAGAGAGAUAGUCACAGAGAAUAAUGAGACUGUUGUGAAUGCCAGCACUACAGUUGUGUCCCAGACCACCAAUGUGACCAUCUCAGUGGAAUCACCGUCCACGCCAGAAUUGUCACCCCAGUCAGAACAGGCAGACAUUACAGCUUUGAAUAACAGUAGAAAUGUGGACGAUGAUACAAAGGCUGAGAUUGAGAGAAAAGAGCCUAGGGAAGGGAGCAAACAUUUGGUGGACCAGAAUCUAACAGACUCAGGUGAUCAAGCAGUCAUCAAACAAGUAGACGCCGGGAUUGGAGCAAUGACAGUUACAAAUUGAGAUAUUGUUACUGUUCAGUAACAUAGUGAUUCAUAGUGAUUCAUAGGGAGGCAGGCAAGACGGGCCACAAACUUCCACAACAUGACAGGAGGAUAGUGCUUGAAAGAGUCAUCUCUUGCUGUAUCAUGUAUACGGCAUACCCAUCGUCUUGUGAUGUCUAGUAUGAUGUUUGUCUCCUGCUUGUGACAGUCAAAGAAGCACCAUUUCAAGCCAUGCUGCUCCUUUGUUAGUGCAAUGUAGUGUUUGCAUGUUAGGUACUUAGAUUGUGUUGUCAUUUACUUUGGAAGGGGAUAAUGUUUUGUGCUCAUCUCAUCGUAGUAGGUAAAUGCAACAAAUUGUUUUCAUUCUGUUGUAUGAUUGCAAGCAGCAUUCAGAUAGGACUUUUGAUCAUCUGUAAAACCACUUAUGUUUUUUGCUGUAUACUACUUUGGUUGAAUUUGUAAACCUGGCUACCUGGUGAUCAGUUGUGCCUAUUUCUAAAUGUUUUAAUGAUGACAGAUUUUUCAGAAGUUUGUUUUUAACAUAAUGUAUUACUAAUGGUAUACAAAGAUCACUGCCUAUUGUUCAUAAAUCACAUAGCAUAUAAUACAAAAAUAUUUUUAAUGUAUUUAAUCUGAAUGCAUUUUGAUAUGAUUCAUUAUACUGAAUAUACUUUUUAAACUCAUUUUUAGUGUGACAUCUUGAUUAUUUAUUACUAUUGUAACAAUCUUAAUCUAUCAUUAAAGUCAAAAUGAAAUAUUGAAUUUGAAUUUGCACAUGCUCAAAUGUUCUUGCACAUGAGGCCUUGUAAUGUUUGAAAUUUUUACUGGCUCAACUGUGUUUUGUUACAGAAACAAUUGGAUGUUAAUAUGUCUUUCUAAUUCUCUUAAUUCACACUUAGUCUGUUUACAAUAUGUCAUUGUGUUCACUUUUGUUCAUGCAAGUACAAGCAUUCAUACCUUUGCUUUGAGACCUGAAUGUACCAUGUUGUGUAGCAGUACAUGCCUUUCACUAUAGGAAAACUGUAACACCUAGGCUUUUUUAUUCAAUUUUUUUUUUAUCAUGAACGAAUAUUGCAAUAAAUUUGUAUGUGUU